AUGGAGAACCCAAGAUCAUCAAUCAAUAAACAGGUGGAUUCAUCCGGUGGAAUUGACAGGGAAAUCACAAAUAUGGAUGCGCCAUAUCAGGUCAACAAUCAAUCUGCGCCACAUUCUGCCUCCGAUAUCUUUAGGAAAGCACCUAUUCAUCUUCCGAACGAAAUAUUGGAUCUCAUGUGGAGCUAUACAGAUGUUGUAGAACCACGAAACGUUACAGUCACAUGUAAGAAGGUUGGAGAAAGCUUUGAACUAUGGAGUAAUGAGCCAUAUUCCAUAGAAUUGCGCGUUUGCCGACAAUCUAGACAGUGGUUCAAGGACCAAUAUCGCAACGAGCGACGCAACGUAGCUUCCCUUGCGCAAAUCGGAGGCUAUGUAGGACCACUGAAACCACUCAAGAAUCUUUGCGAUGAGGCUUUCAUUACCAUGUGCAACGUCAUGCAAGCCGCUAAAGUUGUCAGAAUUGCAAGCGAUAUCAAUGAGAACCGCCAACUCAAGCUCGUUGAAUGGAAAGAAGGAAAUACCAAGUUGGACAUGUUGCAGGAGAAACGCCGCAGAAUCCAGACUAAUUACAAGGCUCUGCCAACCUUUAAGAAGAUCUCGGAAGCAUACGCAGACCAAAGCGUUGCAGAUGCUAAAGCGAAACUUGAGGAUUAUAUAGCAAGGAAAGUCCGCAAUCUUCCAAUCUGGUUGUACCAGAAUAAGGAGGAAUGGGAGGGUCUGAAGUUGCAGAUCAUGGUUGAAGCUGGCACCCUUGAUCGCCAAGAAAAGUAUCUGGGUAACGAAUCAUCGGACAGCGAUGACGGUAACGAUGAUAGGGAAUGUGGCUACGCGCACAGCAAAAAUGUCGACGAAGAGACCAGCGAGGAGGAUGAAGAUGAGGAACCUGAGGAAGAUGAGAGUAUCACGGACGAGAACAGCGACUAUGAUACUGAGAAUUAA